UGAAAUGAAAUUAUUAUAACAAUUCAAGUAUUGUUUUAAUGGAUUAAAUAGUUUUUUCAAAGUUGUUUGCAUUGAUUGUUGUCUUAAAUGAUGAUUAGUUUGACCAAAAAGAUCAACCAAAAGAAGAGUGAAAACAACCACAAGAAACCAUUGAUUAGAGACACUCUUCUGAUCAAAGAGGUCCAGGAGAUGGAGAAACAAAUGCCGGACACAUGUUGUGUGACGUUUCCCAACAUUAAUGAGUUGUUUCACUUCGAUCUCUUCAUCAGUCCAUCAGAUGAUUGUUUUUGGUCCGGAGGAAGGUUUAAGUUCACUAUAGAAGUGCCCAAAGAAUAUAAUAUUUUUCCACCUUAUGUUAAAUGUCGGACCCGUAUAUGGCAUCCAAACAUUUCAGAAGACGGAGACAUCUGUUUGAGUCUAUUGAGGGAAAGUUCAAUCGAUGGCAUGGGUUGGGCGCCCACCAGAACCCUCAAAGAUGUUGUUUGGGGUCUCAACUCAUUAUUCACUGAUUUACUUAACUUUGAUGACCCGCUUAACGACGAGGCGGCCGAUCAUUACAUGAGAGAUCGCGAUGGCUUUGAAAUCAAAGUCAAAGAAUAUGUACACAAAUAUGCAAAAUCUUAAUACUUAUUGAAUCAAUAAGUUUUAUGAUAUUUUAUUUAUAUAAAUAAAUGUUUAGUAAGUCUUUUUUAAAAAUAAAUAUUUUACAAUUA